UCUGAAAAAAAAAUCUGCUGAAUGUGAAUUGUCUGAAGUUGUMUGUUUUAAAAUGAAUCAUGUCAAUUUUUAGGUCAUCAUGGAAACAGGAGUGAAUGUCAGCAUAACUUAUGCUGUGCMUAAUAUACAUCCCUGCUAUGAGUUGAACAAUUCCAGUUACAAAUUUACACCUUCUGCUGCAUGUGUGAUGUUAUAUAGUUUUCUAACUCUUCUGUCUGUUGCCACAAUGUGUGGAAACUUCCUUGUAAUAUUCUCUGUGUUUUACUUUAAACAGCUUCAUACUCCUACUAAUUUCCUCAUUAUGUCUCUGGCUGUGGCUGACCUGCUURUAGGAAUCAUAGUAUUUCCUUGGAUGAUGGUAUUCUCUUUCAGUUUAUGUUUGCACCAUGAMGAUUUGUUUUGUAGGAUUCGAGACAGCUUUGCAAUAUACUUUUGUACAUGUUCUAUUUUACACUUAUGUUGUAUUUCAAUUGAUAGAUAUUAUGCAGUUUGUCAGCCAUUAAURUAUCAAUCUAAACUCAGUCGUCGUGUUGUUGUCUUCAUGAUUACUGUAAGCUGGGGUGCUUUUUACCUUCCACUUGUCAUAAUGUUGUUUAUUUACCUAAAGAUUUACUUUGUUGCAAAGAGACAGGCACRWAUCAUUCAAACCAGAAUGAAAAGCARAACAACUGUCAGUAAGAUGGAGAGAAAAGCCACCAAAACUUUGGCUAUUGUUCUAGUAGUGUUUAUUUUUUGYUGGACUCCUUUCUUUCUUUGUUUUUGUCUUCAGCCUUUUACUAACAAUUCAGUACCUGCUUCUGGGGACAUUAAGGAACGAAAGAGACAACAAACUGAGAAGGACAAGAAGAUUGUGCUCCUGGAGUGCCGAGUGGCGAACUUGGAGUUUUAUUCACGCAUCAACAUGUAG